UCGUGAAUCAUCGUUCGUUCUGGGAUUCAGGCGGUAACGCAUCCCCUAACGUACCAACAUGCAGAAAACGGCUUCCCUUCUCACCAGUCAUCUCCUCUCCAUGUAUCGUGCAUCGAUAAAUUCGCUCGAAUCACGUAACGUUAAUUCGUUUCAAAUAUACAUCAGUUCAUAAAAUCGAAACUUUGUCCGAGUAUCUGUACCCUUCCUUUUCGCUUCCUUAAACGUGAAUCGAAAUCGAAAGUGAAAAUAGAAGCCGCUUUCACUGCGUCAACGAAACUCUUUCCAUCGCGACACGAAGACGAUGCACAAGGAAUGACAAUACGCUCUGACCGUCAUGCGUAAUCCAUAAUUCGUAAUCUUUACUCGCUUAUUACCGGUUGCUCUCGGUGUAAAUAAGUUACGAUAAUUGAAAACGUUCCCUCGAUUCGUUGGUUUUCCCAGAAACUUUCGCAGAGAACAUAAUUCAACGGCGAUUUCACUGCAGCCGACGGCACGCGUAAAACCCAGAGGGUUACGACAGAGGGUGGAAAAUCCGGAUUGCGUAACCGAACACAGCUCGAUGCUGCACAGUGCCGUAUCCGUGCUCGACAUUUCACCGUUGCUCGCAAACGAAUCUGGCUUUGACUUUACCUAUCGUUGAAAAGAGGAAAAUUCUAACGAAACAAUGGCGAGCAAUCUUUUUCGACAUUUGUCAAAUCGAUGACGGGACUUGGGUAAAGCAAGGAACGCUUUCUCCCGGAUCUCGAAAGAGCGAUAUGGAACAACCUGCUACGAAAAUGGUCGUUGUGGAGGCGUACGAACGUAACUAUGGGCUUGAAAAAUUUUAGCAUCACAGACGUAUUAAAAAGUCGAAGCAUCAAAACGUGGAACGCUGUGCAGCUGGACCAAUGGUUCGUUUACUUUCCCAUCGUCGCGGAAUAGGAGAGAAACCAUCGACUUUCUUAUAACCGCAACGUAUUCCGUGCUUUUUCACCAAAUCGUAAUACGCGUUGGGUUUAUAAACUAAAACUCGAAUCAAAUUCUGUCAUUUGAUAGUAGGACCAUUCGACGUCGUAACGGUGUGAGCGCAAUCAUUUAUCGUCUUCCUUCGACGAUUAACUAAAGUCACUAAAAUCACUAAAAUCACGGUUUAAUUCGUUUUUCAAGCAUCAAAAAACGUACAAUUGUUUGCUAUAUCUGGAUAAUUAACCGAAUAGAACGAUGCUUAGCUGUAAGGUCGGUUUGUUUUUAAAGGAGAAGGCGCGGUGGUCAACGUUACGCAAGUCUAUUAACGAAAAUCCCAAGUUACUCAAUGUGCUUGCGUAGAUUUGUACGCAACUAUGCUGCCUACCUCGCGUCAUCCGUGUCUCGACCCCGAUCGAUCGAUAAAUUUGCAUCUACGCAUUCUAUCGUUAUUCUUUUCCUUCAUUAUCGAUUCAAUUCUCAUCGACGCAGAUUCCAGAUAUAUCGACGUCAUUCCCACAGGAUCAUGCCCGUAUAAUAUCAAAAAAAUUACAAGCAGGGAAUAUCACGGAAUACGCGAUUCCGAUUUCUAUUCAUCGAUAUUUCCUUUAAUAGAAGAUCCAUUUAGAACGUAAUUAUAACUAGGAAAUUGAACAGUAAGAGAACAAACGUUCUAUGACUACCGUCGUACCGUGUGGCGCGAAUUUCGUUCGAGCGUUGGCUGCAAGAGUACGAUAUAAUUCGAGGAACCUAUCCGAAACGGAUGUCCGGCUGCUAUGAGUCACAAGCAUACCCCACCGUAACUUCUUUUACUUGGGUCUCAGCAUCUCCGAAAGGGACGUCUAUAUAAGAUACGAAUGGCAUCGGUGAACGCGCAGAGUAACCUCGUUCAUGGAGAAAGCGUUUGGUUAGAGAGCAAAACUCGACGCAUCGCAGACAUUCCCUGUCGGACUACCGGUUACAAAGAUCUUCGAUUAGUGACAAUAAGUUUAAAUCGCAACAAACACGAUAACGUCUAAGAAUGAUGCUGCGGUUCGUUUGGUUACUCGGGAUAGUGGUGCAUGCUUUUGCAACGCAAGUACCAGUGAACAACCCUGAAUGGUCAUGGCAAACGGAAGACGCGAUAUCGACCAGUGAAUCCAAGGAUCAAGGCACAAGACAGACUCAAGAUAAAAGAGCUAUCUUAAAUGCAAACGGAAAUAUAGAAAUCAUCGAUCCACCUACCGAGCAGCGAUCGGUGGAAUCGGUGGUCGAUGAAAUUCUUGUCUCUAAUCGACAGGGUCGCAAUAUCGAAGGUUUCGAUCAACUGUACGCAGACCCAGAGGUGAAGAACGCCCUUCAAUUGGGAAAUGAGACGAUCGCUCGAACGUACAUCAGGGACAAGUUGUGUUCGCUCGGCUUAAUGAACUGUGAAAACGUCGAGGGACGUCGCCCGUAUUAUUCCCCUCAUCGCGGAAUAUAUCCUCAAGAUAUAAUCUACGCCCAACCCGUGACCAUCAAACCCGUUGGAAGACCUCUACCAGCCAUUCCAGUAAAACGACCAUACAGUCCAGUAACGAGACCAGGACCACCGCCGUCGUCCAGUUUCGUUUCCUCUGGACCGCCACCGGAAGUGAUCUACGGAGUCGGCGGGGCUCCACAUCCCCCAUCAUUCGGGCCUUCGCCCAGUCUAAUUGGUUCUUAUCCUGCGUUCAAAAAACCCGGCCUUUCGUCAUUCUCCUCGAAACCGGUCUACGAAGCAGGAUCACUGAACGAAGGUUUCGACUUCGAGAGCAACGGUCAGUUCAUCGACAAGAAACAAAUAGCGUUGAGACCAUCUAUCGGUUCUGACGCGGUUCAACAACACGUCCACCAUCAUUACCACCACUCUGAUGGCGCCGCUGGCGCAACAAUAGCUGGUGGACCGACAUUUGGCGCGAAUCCGAUUAGCCAAGGUGCCGCAUCUCUCAGUUACGGGUCCAGUUAUGGAAAUAUAGGAACAACUUACGAUAUUCCUAACUCUGGAGUUCUUGGUGGUAGUUUCCAAGAUCUGGACGACUAUAAAAAGGCAUUCAAAGUGAAAGGAUCGAGCAACGAUGCAAAUGUAUUCGGUUCUUCGUCGGCGAGCAGCUACGCGGACAAGUAUCCCAUCUAUGAAAAACCAACGCGAGACUUCACCUACGGCAAAGCAGAAGGCUACAAGCCUGGCAAAUACUUCACUGCGACCAAUUACGUUUCUUCCAACGCCGUUCAUUCCUCCUCUAACGAUUAUAUCGCUGCUGGAUCAACUAACAGCUUCAAUUAUGGAAAUAGUAACGGUAAUGACUUUAGAAAUGACUUCUCCGCGGGAUAUUCUGGAGACUGCGUUUGUGUUCCGUACGACCAAUGUCCGAGCGAGCACGCAGGACGUAAGGACGACUUGUUCCUACCCAUUGAUCCCCGUAAUUUGAACAAGAAUAUCGAAGCUGAGGCAACAGCAACGGCAGAAAAGAACGCGAACGAAACAUCUGCGAUCGUGCAAAUAGCGAAGAAUGGUGAAGUCGAUUCGAACGCUUUCCAUCAAAUUUCUGCCGAAGAGGAACAACCAAAGCAGGCGCAGGAGAACGUAAGGAACAAGAGGGAGGCACCUAGUGACGAAAGCAUCGAAGGCAGAAAGAAGUCGAGCGGAGAAGGGAGACUCGAUGCUAGCGAUCUGGACUCUUCGAAAUUAAACCUCAAGCCGACCUGGGGGAUCAGUUUCGGUCUGCCGCAAACCGGUGGCCCGUACCCGAUUAAUCCUUACGGUGGUAAUGUCCUGGUAAAUCCGUACGCAGGGUACGGUUCCGCCGAUCAAGGCAUAAAUUUAGGCCUGGUUUCCGUGAAUCCUCUGCUAGCUGUACAAUUCACCAAAGACGAGUACGGCGAGAAAGUGGUAAAACCGUUUGUAAAUUUUCACGUAACGCCUAAUCGAAAUAUCGUGCAGAAACUCGGUCAUCUGCUCACUCACAAGAAGCAAACGCUGUUCGAAAAUUACGGGCCCAACUAUGCGCCGCAUUACUAUCCUUCCAAGCCUAUCGAGCUUCACGAGAAACCGUAUUACGUAAAACCUCACUAUCCUCCCCAUCAUUACGCGGGUCACCAUGAACCUCACUAUAGCCACGAAUAUUCCGAUUACUAUCGAGACGGCGAUGACGAUUACGAUUAUGAUUACGACGACUAUUAUCGUAGUAACGCGCGUAGCAAUGGUAAAACGGACGCUGUUGAUGCGAAUGGACGAACGGUUCCGAAAGAAAGAACCGCUGGGAAAGUUUCGUUUCCGAACAGAAGAAAGCGUGACGUAGAAUCAACGCACGAUUUCCAAUUACCAGAAGAUAUAACGGAGAGACAAUAUCUAAACAUCGGUUCCUCUCGAGCUUGCGGCCCUGGCUACGUUUGUUGUUCACAAAGACAACCGUCGAGGAAGCCACGACCAGGUCAAUGUGGAGUCAGAUAUACUCAGGGAAUAAAUGGAAGAAUCAAGACACCCUCUUACGUCGAUGGUGACUCUGAAUUCGGUGAAUAUCCUUGGCAAGUGGCAAUACUCAAAAAAGAUCCAACGGAAAGCGUGUACGUAUGUGGUGGUACUCUCGUUUCUCCUCGACACAUUCUCACAGCAGCGCAUUGCGUAAAAACCUAUGCAGCACGAGAUCUUCGCGUUCGACUAGGAGAAUGGGACGUAAACCACGACGUUGAAUUCUAUCCUUACAUAGAACGUGAUGUUGCCAAUGUCCACGUACAUCCCGAAUUCUAUGCUGGUACUCUUUACAAUGACAUCGCGAUACUAAGGAUCGAUCACGAUGUAGAUUUUCAGAAGAAUCCACACAUUAGUCCUGCUUGUUUGCCGGACAAACGUGACGAUUUCACCAGAAGCAGAUGCUGGACAACCGGUUGGGGCAAAGACGCUUUUGGCGAUUUCGGAAAAUACCAAAAUAUCUUGAAAGAAGUCGACGUGCCUGUGGUGAGCAACCCGGUCUGCGAACAGCAAAUGCGACGAACCAGAUUAGGUCCAAGUUUUAACUUGCAUUCUGGAUUUAUUUGCGCUGGUGGAGAAGAAGGAAAAGAUGCUUGCAAAGGUGAUGGUGGUGGACCAAUGGUUUGCGAACGGAAUGGUCGUUGGCAAUUGGCAGGGAUCGUGUCGUGGGGAAUUGGCUGUGGACAACCUGGCGUUCCUGGAGUAUAUGCGCGGGUUUCCUAUUAUCUCGAUUGGAUUCAACAAAUUAUCAAUCGUUAUUAACGCAUCACGAUAGAAAUCAUUCGCUACCUCGACGCUAUGAUUAUUUAUAUUGCUUAAUUCGAUUUUCGUUUUAUUUCAUUUUCAUUUACGCUCUAGGUCCCAAUAAUAAUACGACAUCGUUGUUCAUCGAUUAUAACACAGAGAUUCGAGGAUUUUACGAUAUAUAAUAUUUAUAAUGUAUUAUAAGAAUGUGUAGAUCGUUAAGUAAAUUAAUUCUAAUUAUUCUUUUGUAUUGAUUAAUAAUCUUGCGUCAGAUGUAAUAAUAUUCAUUCAUUUCGUUGAACGUGAUUCGAAGUACAUUCGGAUCGUUUAGUACUGCAUUUUAUUUGCAAUUUCUUUGUUACGCAACUCUAAUAAAUACUAUGUAAUCAUA